CUUCGCUCCCGCCCGGCUGCCCGGAGCCGGAUCUACAAUCCCGUCCCUCCCGCUCCGGCGCUUGUUGCUCGCCUGGUCCGAGCGGGAGCUGCGGACCGCGGGAAGCCCAGCUACCUCCUUCUCCUUUCCUCUUCGUGCUCCACCUUCCGAAAGAUCUGCGUGAGGGGUUGCACAGCAGCGAGCGUGAACAGGCAUUGCCCCCACCAUCUUCAAUUCUUGGGGUGCUACGCAGCCGUGAGGGGCGGGAAGGGGAGAAAUGCGUCUUUCCCCGCUGCCUGGCUUCGUCCCGGUCCGCGCCAGGAGAGGAGGCACUGCGGAGCCCACACCUGCGAACUCGCCCUAGAAGUCUCAGGGUGCGGCUGGGCGCCCCUCCCGGUCCCCCAGGGCUUCCACCUCUCCGCGAGUGAGUCGGCGCAGGUGGCUUUAGCCCCUGCCCCGGGACCAGUGCCAAUGACUCUGGCGGUGGUUUCGCUUUCUCCUCUCGCAGUCCUGUGAACGAGUGUCCACAGCGUGAUGGGCAAUCAGGUGGAGAAACUGACCCACCUAAGUUACAAGGAAGUUCCCACGGCCGACCCGACCGGCGUGGACCGAGACGAUGGGCCCCGCAUAGGAGUCUCUUAUAUUUUCUCCAAUGACGACGAGGACGUGGAACCGCAGCCACCGCCCCAGGGACCUGAUGGCGGAGCGUUGCCGGACUCGGGGGACCGGCCUCCUCUGCCCCCGCCGCAGCCCUAUGACCCGCGGCAGCAUGAGGUGGAAUGCUCAGUGUUUUAUCGCGACGAGUGCAUCUACCAGAAAAGCUUCGCGCCGGGGUCGGCAGCACUAAGCACCUACACACCCGAGAACCUGCUCAACAAGUGCAGUCCGGGCGACCUCGUGGAGUUUGUGUCGCAGGCGCAGUACCCUCACUGGGCUGUCUACGUGGGCAAUUUCCAAGUGGUGCAUUUGCACCGGUUGGAGGUGAGCAACAGCUUCUUGACCGAUGCAAGCCAGGGUCGACGUGGCCGAGUGGUCAACGAUCUGUAUCGCUACAAGCCACUGAGCCCCAGCGCUGUGGUGCGAAACGCGCUGGCCCACGUGGGCGCCAAGGAGCGCGAGCUCAGCUGGCGCAACUCGGAGAGCUUUGCCGCCUGGUGCCGCUAUGGCAAACGCGAGUUCAAAAUCGGUGGCGAGCUGCGCAUCGGCAAGCAGCCAUACCGUUUGCAGAUUCAGCUCUCGGCCCAGCGCAGCCACACUCUCGAGUUCCAGAGCCUGGAGGAUUUGAUCAUGGAGAAGCGGCGCAACGACCAAAUCGGACGCGCGGCGGUGCUGCAGGAGCUCGCCACCCACCUGCACCCGGCUGAGCCAGAUGAGGGCGACAGCGAAGCGGCUCGGACUACACCGUCUCCCUUGCGCCCCCCUGCACCGGGCUCCGAGGAGGAGAAUGGAGACUCGGUGGUGCACUGAUACUUAGCUUAGACUCAGAGCUGCAAAAGGGAGCUGUUUGCAACGGCCGCGCCCCCUUCCUCCCCACCCCACCCUCUUCGCCUGGGCCUCAUUUGAUAUUCCUGGGCCUUUUGGAAAACGCAGAGUUUGUGAAAAGCACAACCGACUUUGAACGGGGGAGGAGGAAGGGGACGGAGGGAGCAGGAAUAAGACAUAGAACUAUUUUGUACUGUGAAUUAUGGACGCUCUUUGAAGGAAAGAAAUAUUGAUUCCAAUGUUCUUCUGAAGCUCUGGAAGGGAUGAGCAGGACCCUGUGGAACACGCACUAAAAGAAACCAGACAAAUUCUAUUUUCUUACCUGAGCAAAUAUUUUAUUGAGACUGCAUAUGUAUGUCAAAGGAGCCUACAACUUCGGCUACACAACUUUUUCUAUGGGAAGAACUGGUACUUUUGUAGCUUUUAUUCCACGUUUAAUUUAAAAUGACUUUGUAGCAGUGAAAUGUCUAGCAGAAGACUUUAUUCCAGAUCUUGAAGAUGAUUUUUAGUUUUUAUGAAAAUGGUUCAGUGGUUCAGCCUCUCAAAGCAUCGGUGCUUCUGGGCCUCAGGGCACCCUUGGACAAGAACAACCACGUGAAAACAUAUUUUUUGGAAGCAAAACUUUAAUUUUAUAUGAUAUAUACUAUGGAAAGCUAAGAAAAUUUUAGAACUACUUGUUUUUCUUUUUGUUUCUUUUUCUUAAAAUGGGAUCCACUGUGUUGAAGACUCUUGAUAUAGUAUGUGCUUGUUUAGCCAUUUUUUUUAAAACAAAUUAAAAGUGCUAAUAAUCAUCCGACAAAUUUGUUUGGAAAGUUAGAUUUUAUUUGUGAAUUAUCAGGAUAAUGAUAACUUUGACCGCUUUCUUCAUCUUUUCAUUAUGCUGUUUUGUUCUUGGUUCUAAUCCUGUGGCCUGUGUAGAAUUACCAUCAGGAUACAGACUCCACAUGCAUUUUGUUUCCCAGAAAAUUGUGGAAACCUUAAUUUUGUUUGAAGGUUGUAUGUUAAAUUGACUUUCUUUCACCACUUCUUGAGGAGGAGGUUCUAGUUUGAAAUUGUAUCAUUUCCUUCAAAGUGAAGGGCAGUACUUAGCUAAAUAAAAGAUUGAUGGCAUCUUUUAAGCCAUUUCCUGUUCACUCUGUCUUAUUAAAAUAAAAGCUGUCAAAUUCUUUUGAAAAAUGUUAUGAGGGUUCCCAAUAAACCAUCUAUUAUCAGAG